ACUGUGGGCACGCGUAUGACGUCAUGUAUGCCUACAGUCUAUGGACCCUCAGUCCCUCACAGCACUCUCCAACGCCAAUUCGUGUUCGUCUUCACAGUUGUCCCUGUGGACUACAGCUCUCACUGUGAACGCAGAAACAUGGGGAAAGGUGUCUACCUCAGCAAAGCGUUGGCAGUGACCUGUGUGGUUUUGGCUGUCGCCGCCGUGGCCACCAUCAUAGCCCUGUCUGUGGUUUACGCUCAGGAGAAGGCAAAGAAUGCAGAGGUGCAUCUAUCCACCAUCGCACCCAGCAGCACGACCACCACCACCACCACGGACCCAGGACCACAAGAGCCAUGGCAGAGCUACAGACUUCCAGACUCCCUCUCUCCCGUGACCUACAACAUCACCCUGUGGCCCAGGCUGGAGCCCAACACGGACGGCCUGUACAUCUUCUCGGGAAAUUCCACAGUGGUAUUCAAAUGUGUGAAGGAGACCGACCUCAUCCUCAUCCACUCCAACAAGCUGAAUUUCACCAUGUUCGAUGGGUUCCAUGCCAAACUGAAGGGUCUGAAUGGAAACGCGCCCAGCCUAAAAGAAAGCAGGCUGGAGGUUCCUACCCAGUACCUGGUGAUCAAGCUCAACAGCCCACUGCAGGCUGGCAGCACGUACGAGCUUUUCACCGAGUUCGUUGGAGAGCUGGCUGACGACCUGGGCGGCUUCUACAGGAGCGAAUACUUUGAAGACAAAGUGAAAAAAAUUGUGGCCACGACUCAAAUGCAGCCAACAGAUGCCAGGAAAGCUUUCCCCUGCUUCGACGAGCCAGCCAUGAAAGCCACCUUCUACAUGACUCUCAUUCACCCCCAUGGGACUGUGGCUCUGUCCAACGGCAUGAAUCACGACCCUGUCAACAUCACUUUGGACGGCCAGAGUGUAAUCCAGACAAGCUUUGAGCCCACAGAGAUUAUGUCAACGUACUUGCUGGCUUUUGUUGUGUGUGAUUUUGCAUACAUUGGAACAAAACCUGGUGCAGAAGUUUUGAUCAGGAUCUGGGCUCGCAGGAAGGCCAUACAGGAAGGCCAGGGUGAUUACGCCCUGGAAAAGACUGGACCCAUUCUGUCUUUCUUUGAGAACUACUACAACUCCCCUUACCCCCUGACCAAGUCAGAUCAAAUCGCUCUCCCUGACUUCAGCGCUGGAGCCAUGGAGAACUGGGGCCUGAUCACCUACAGAGAAACAGCCCUCUUAUAUAAUGAAGGUGUAUCAUCUAAUGGAGACAAGGAGUGGGUGGCGACGGUCAUCUCCCAUGAGCUGGCGCAUAUGUGGUUUGGGAACUUGGUGACCAUGAGGUGGUGGAAUGACCUGUGGCUCAACGAGGGCUUUGCCACCUACGUCUCUUAUCUUGGAGCCCACCAUGCUGAACCAACGUGGAACAUGAAAGAUUUAAUAGUCCUAAAUGAGAUAAUCGGUGUGAUGGGUGUGGACGCUCUGGCCUCCUCCCACCCGCUCUCAUCCAGAGAGCAGGACAUCCUGAAGCCAGAGGACAUCAAUGGGCUGUUUGACUCCAUCACAUACAGCAAGGGAGCUGCGGUCCUCAGGAUGCUCUCAGAGUUUAUCACCGAGAAAGUCUUUUCCCAAGGGCUGCACACGUAUUUAGAGGAGUUCAAAUACAAGAACACGGUCUACCAAGACCUGUGGAAGCACCUGCAGAUGGCAGUGGAUAAAGCUGGCAUAAACCUGCCCGAGUCUGUGGAGUCUAUCAUGAACCGGUGGAUCCUACAGAUGGGCUUCCCAGUGGUCACCAUCGACACCACCACGGGGCAAAUCACUCAGAAACACUUCCUGUUGGACCCAGAAUCUGAGGUUCACACGCCUUCAGAGUUCAAUUAUGAGUGGAUUGUUCCUAUAACCUGGAUGAAGCCUGGUAGAGCUGAAGAGCAGUACUGGCUUCUUAAAAAAGAAGACUCAAACAACAACAUGACUAUUGGUGGUGCUAAUGACUGGUUGCUGGCCAACAUAAAUAUGAGGGGCUUCUUUAGAGUCAACUAUGACUCUCAAAACUGGGAGCACCUCCUGGCCAAGCUGAGCUCCAAACAUGCGGAUAUUCCAGUGAUCAACCGGGCUCAGAUUAUUGAUGAUGCUUUUAACCUCGCAAGGGCGAAGAUCGUGGACACGACUCUGGCUCUGAGGACGACCAAGUUCCUGAAUAAAGAAGUGGAGUACAUGCCAUGGCAGACAGCCAGAAGCAACUUAAAUUAUUUCUUCCUCAUGUUUGACCGCAGUGAACUGUACGGACCCAUGCAGGCUUACAUCAAGAAACAGGUCACCCCUCUGUUUCAGUACUUUGAAAAUCUCACUCUCAACUGGACCAAGGUCCCCGAAAAACACACCGACCAGUACAACGAGGUGAAUGCAAUCUCCAUGGCUUGCAGUACAGGAGUGGCAGGUUGCCAGGAGCUGACCUCUGGCUGGUUCAAACAAUGGAUGGCAAACCCUGCUGACAACAUCAUCAUCUCCAACUUGAGGUCCACGGUGUACUGCAGCGCGAUCGCCGCAGGGGGAGUGGAGGAGUGGGACUUCGCAUGGGAGAUGUACAGGAACGCCACCAUCGCCUCAGAAGCCGAGAAACUUAUGUACGCUCUGUCCUGUGCCAAAGAGCCCUGGCUGCUGAACAGGUAUCUACAGUAUUGCCUGGACCCAGAAAAGAUCCGCAAGCAGGACGCCACCUUUACCAUCGUUUACAUCGCUAGUAACCCCAUCGGUCAAUCUCUGGCGUGGGACUUUAUCAGAUCUAACUGGGGCCACAUAUUCAAUGACUAUGGCGGUGGAUCCUUUUCCUUUGGAAGACUAAUCAAUGGAGUGACCAAACGUUUCUCCACUGAGUUUGAAUACAAUCAGCUGCUGCAGUUCAAAGAGGACAACGUGGGACAGCUGGGCUCGGCCGCCUGGUCUCUUGAGCAGGCGCUGGAGAGAACCAAGGCCAACAUGAAGUGGGUGUCCGAGAACAAGCAAAAGACGUACGAAUGGUUCAUCAAUGAAAGCAAGACUUCCCUUUCCAGCGAGGUUUAGGAGUUCGACAAUGAUUCACUCCAGCUGAAGUCAGAUUUAUUUUUUUGAGCCUGAAUACUGUAUAUUUUGAAUGUAAUGGAGAUUUUCUAGAUGUAUAGUUUUGAUGAAAUGUUUUUAUCUAUAAAAUUGAUUUAAUACCUGAA